GUCAUUUCUUCCGCACUAAUUUUUACGAAUUUGUUUUGCACAUUUGUAGUGUUACUGUUUGAUCGUUUGUUUUGAACAGUUUUGCAUCCGUCUCACACAAAAUAAUUUACCGUUUCGUUUUCCCCCCUUUGGGCGCAGCAUCGGACAUCUGCACUGGAACCUACCCAUAGGCUGUACAGUACUUGAAGGUUCGAGCAGCUCUUCUGAUCGCGCAGUUGUCGUAUACGGAACACCACAAACGCAGACGUGCGACUGAGCCAAGAAGCCAGGCAUAAUGCUUUCCUCCGCUUCCACCCUUGGUACCCGCUGCUGCUGUGGAAUGCUUAAGACAUCGAUCUUACGGCAGAUCUCCCAAGGACAACGCGCUAUUGCUUCGGAGUCUUCAAAGAGUGUUGUUCGCAAUCUGCUUAAAGAACGUCCCAUGGAAGAAGGCGAAAAGCGCACUGUUACAACUACGGGCUGGAUUAAAUCGUUGCGCCAGUUCAAGAACAUCACUUUUCUCGGUUUGGAUGAUGGAUCAUCCAUUAACGUCAUCCAAGUGGCACUCAUGGAAGAGGCGCUACGAAAUCUACCGUUGACGUUCGGGUCGGCUGUCAGUGUGGAAGGCGUUCUGGUGCCCUCUCCGGGACGGAAGCAGACAGUGGAAAUCGUGGCGCAUCGCGUGGACAUUAUUAGAAAAAGUGAUCCCUUGGAAUUCCCCUUCAAAGCCAAAGAACGACAUCACGUCGAUUAUUAUCGCCAGUAUCUCCAUUUCCGACCACGAGUGCAACGUUUUGCAUCAUUGCUUCGGUUCCGGAGCGCAGCUACUUUGGCAAUCCAUCAAUAUUUUCAGGAAAACGAUUUUGUUAUGAUUCAUACACCGAUCUUGACAUCCAACGAUUGCGAAGGUGGUGGUGAAACGUUUACUGUUACGAGUGAACAAGAAGCCAAGCAGAACAUUGAAUUCUUCAAGGAUCCCACAGUUUUAACUGUUUCUGGGCAGCUUCAUUUAGAAGCAGCUGUGAGUGGACUUCACCGUGUUUAUAACUUUAACCCGGCCUUCCGAGCAGAACGCCAGCAAAGUCGCCGGCAUUUGUCGGAGUUUUGGAUGGUUGAAGCGGAGGUGGCAUUUGUGGAUAAGCUCCAGCCUUUACUAGAUCUGAUGGAGGACAUGGUUAAGAAAGUCAGCGCCCAGGUCCUCGAUCGCUGUGCCGAUGAUGUGGAAUUUCACAUGCAGAACAUUGCUCCUUCGGCGCACAGGGCGAAACUGGAUAAGAUGCUGAGUAAACCGUUUAUACACGUACCAUACGUGGAAGCCUUAAAAAUUCUCUUGGAACGUGCUGCUUCGUUUAAUACUAUGCCUCAGGAUGGUCAGAAUUUGCAUAAGGACCAUGAGUUAUUCCUUGUGAAGUAUUUUGGUGAUGUGCCGGUAUUUGUCACUCAUUUCCCAGCCUGCGUUAAACCGUUUUAUGCAAGACAGUGCGAGGAGGACGGUAAAUAUGCGCUGGCGGCUGAUUUGAUUGUGCCGGAUGUGGGAGAAUUGUGUGGAGGUAGUCUGCGUGAGCAUCGCUACGAUGUCUUGGUGGAUAAAUGUAAAGCGGCUAAUCAGUUUGGUAAACUGGAAUGGUAUUUGGAUUUGCGAAAAUUUGGUGGCCCGCCGACGGGCGGUUUCGGUAUGGGUUUCGAGAGAUUUGUGCAGUAUAUUCUGGGCAUUGCCAGCAUCAAAGAUGCCAUCCCGUUUCCCAGAUGGAUUGAUCACUGUGCAAUGUGAGAUACUGUGGCAUUGCUGUCGUUGUAAACUGGCCAUGUUUUGUAUCUGCGAAUUGUGAUAAUAAAACUGCGCGG